AGCAUCGAAUGAAUGUUUUCUAAAGUUCUCGGAUAUCAGCCAAUCAGUGGUCUUCAUAUCAACUCUACGCUAGUCCAUGUACGUCUGCCAAACAUCUCCUCUAUAGGAACAUGGCAAGCACAACACAGCUCUUCUCAGACAUGGCUGAACAACAUCAACUGCAAAGCUCAGAACACCCACCCGCACAGCCAGCAUACAUUCUCCGAGGACAUCCUGCACAAAUUCACGCUGUACACUUCUUCCGCGGCAACUCGCGUCUGCUCACCGGUGACGCAAACGGAUGGGUUGUACUAUGGAGCACUUCCACCAAGCGAGCAGUGGCGGUAUGGAAGCCCCAUGCGAACACGAUUCUGGGGGUAGGAAACUGGGGAGAUGACAAGAUCAUCACGCAUGCCCGCGACAACAAAAUUCACGUUUGGCAAUUACGAGCAGACGACGAGAAAGAUUACAACACAACGUUGCCUAUCGACAGCCCCGAGUCCGCAGAGCUCAAGUCGCCAUGGCUUUUGCAUACAUUGCCUGUGAACGCACUCAACUUCUGUGCAUUCAGCAUGACUCAUGCUCUACGUCAAGGCACACACGACGUCCCAGUAGAGGGCAUCUUUCUCGGUACGCCGGGACUCCAAGACGGCAGCGUCAACAUCACAUCUUUACCAGCAGAGGGUCGGGUCGCAACCAUCCCCAAGCCAGCAAGCAUCGAGAAUGCCGGUAUGACAAUGGCGAUUGGACUUACCUUCACGACCGAAAAUGGAAGUUCUACAAAAGACCUUAUCGCACUGACGGGAUACGAAUCGGGCCAUGCUUGUAUCUGGAAGCAACCAUCUGCUUCUUCUUCUUCUUCUUCCAAUAAGAAAUGGCAAUGCAUUUAUAGCGUCAAAUCUCACGCCCAACCAAUUCUUUCUCUGGGCAUCGCAGCGCAAUCCGGCGUAUUCUUCACAUCUGGCGCUGAUGCUAUCAUUUCUCGACACCCCUUGAAACCAAAUAUGGCAUCAACAAUGACGAGUUCGUCCCUACAGAGUAAGCACGCAGGACAGCAAGGUCUCACCGUACGCAAUGACGAGAAGAUUUUCGCAACCGCGGGCUGGGAUGGGAGGAUGAGAGUGUACUCGACGAAAGCGAUGAAAGAACUCGCCGUGUUGAAAUGGCACAAGGAAGGCUGUUAUGCACUCGGGUUUGCCCAUGUGCAAGACGAUACUCGAAACUCUGAUGCUGAUGACGAUACCAUGGUGCAGAAAUCCAUGACAGUCGCGGAGAAGAGGGACGAGAAAGCUCGAAUGACACAUUGGUUGGCGGCUGGUAGCAAAGAUGGGAAAGUCUCGAUGUGGAAUAUUUACUGAAGAAGGAAAAGAAAAGAAAAAGAAAAGAGCUCACUUUCGUAACAAGCUUAUAUAACUCCG